GAUGUUGCUCUAGAUGGCGCCAUUUGUUUUCAUUUCAAUCACGUGAUCUCGUUGAGUCUAUCUUAGUUCAUGAAGAGAUGCUUGCUAUUUGUCGGACUGAGAAGCAGCAGCAAGCAAGAGGAAUUACUGCAGGAGAAACUACUGACAUACUAUUGUAAAGAUGGAGUUUGAGGAAGAACCCUGCAGAAUAAAAGAUGAAGAUACAGAGGAACAAACAAACCCAGUGGAAGUGAAUAAAGACAAACAGCAUCCGUUUCAAAAACCUCAUCAUUCCAUAAAUGAAGAUGGAGAUGCAGUUGUUUCAAAGACUGAAAAGAAUUCCAGACAAAAACGAGCUGGAAAAUCUGGAGGAUCUUUCACAUGCACUCAGUGUGGAAAUAGUUUCGUUCAGAAAGGAAGCUUGAAUGAGCACAUGAGAAUUCACACUGGAGAAAAACCGUUCACAUGCACUCAGUGUGGAAAGAGUUACAAUCGCAAGAGCUUUCUCAAAGAGCAUCUGCGCUCUCACUCUGGAGUGAAGUCGUUCAGCUGUGAUCAGUGUGAUAAAACAUUUGUUUUUUCAUCAAGCUUAAGAUCACACCUUUAAGUU